UUUUCCGAGAGGCGUAGUUGGUUGACCUGCAAGGCGUGCAAGUUGCAGUCUAGCACACAAGCGGGGACGUAGCUAUAAGCAAUUCAUUGAAACGCCUUUAAGUGGUUACUAGAAAAACGCAAUAAUUUUAGUUUCUUGAGAUGGCAAACUACAUCCACGUACCAGAAGGAGCUCCUGCUGUUCCCAAGUUUAAUGUCACUGUAGACGAGAAUGAUUUCAGAUCAGGAGCAUUGAAACUGAUGAAGGAACUGAGACCCCAUUGGAAACCAUCAGAGGUCAAAAUGAAGUGCUUCACCGAUGGCAUCACCAACAAGCUGAUUGGCUGCUACGUGGGCAACGUCAUGCAGGAGGUGGUCCUGGUGCGUAUCUACGGCCACAAGACGGAGCUGUUUGUGGACCGGGAGAACGAGGUGAAGAGCUUCCGUGUGCUGCAGGCACACCGCUGCGCCCCUCGCCUCUACUGCACCUUCAGCAACGGCCUCUGUUACGAGUUCCUGCCGGGCACCGCCCUCGAACCCGAGCACAUCCGCAGCCCCUCCAUCUUCAGGCAAAUUGCGAGGCAGCUGGCCAAGUACCAUGCCAUCCAUGCGCACAAUGGCUGGAUGCCUAGGUCUGACCUGUGGCUGAAGAUGGGGAAGUACUUCUCCCUGGUGCCCACUCACUUCCAGGACCCUAGCCAGAACCUGAGGUUCUCCCAGGAGGUUCCGAACGCAGAGUGUCUGAAGGAGGAGAUGCUGUGGAUGCAGCAGAGUCUGUCUGUGCUAGGCUCCCCUGUGGUCCUGUGCCACAACGACCUGCUGUGCAAGAACAUCAUCUUCAACCAGAGCGCAGGUAAUGUGAAGUUCAUUGACUAUGAAUAUGCUGGCUACAAUUAUCAAGCCUAUGACAUUGGGAACCACUUCAAUGAGUUUGCAGGUGUGAAUGAAGUGGACUACAGUCUCUAUCCUGGGCGAGACCUCCAGCUCAUGUGGCUGAGGGCAUACCUGGAGGCCUACAAUGAGCACAAAGACCAGAGUGCAGAGGUCUCACACGCAGAGGUGGAGGUUCUGUAUGUGCAGGUCAACCGCUUUGCCCUGGCCUCCCAUUUCUUCUGGGGCCUGUGGGCGUUAAUCCAGGCGAAAUACUCCACCAUUGACUUUGAUUUCCUGGGGUAUGCCAUAUUACGCUUCAACCAGUACUUCAAAAUGAAGCCUGAAGUGACGGCGCUCACCUUUCCCUGAAAAACUGCUGGGAAUCUGCACUGGCUGACCCAGAGCUGAGCUCCUGUAGGUGGCUGCCCUGAUCGACACACAUUCUCUCGCCUGUGGAUACGGCUGCAUACACUGGACAGCAUCGACCCCAGUCCCAGGAACGCACUAUACACCCUGCGUUAACGCCAACAUCACGUCUCAACACCAUCAGCUUUCUCUAAACCCCUGCCUCAUUCAUUGCACUGUUGGCUGUCUACGAAAUGCAGAAAAUUGCAUGGUCAGCUUUGUAUGAAUUCCCAACAUCAUUCGCUGCAUGGCCCGUCCUGUAUAAACCCCGACACCAUGCAUUGCACGGUCACUUUUGCAUAAACCCCAAAUUCAUGCAUUAAGGUCAAGUCUGUGAAUAACCCAGCACCAUGCACCGCACGGUAAUGUUACCGCUGACACACACACACGCACACACACACUCACGAAUGCUCAUCACCGUGAGCUAACAUUGGCUCACUUACAGUUCCAGCAUGCGUGAGAUGGUAUCGGUUUUACGUUUCUUUUUUACGGCUCGCUGUGCGAUAUCCUUGUAUGCACAGAUAUAGUUUUCACACAGAGCCAGCGUCAUGUCCUAAAAAAGGCAUGCAUUUUUUUCCCCCCAAAUUUAAACUUGCUGCCUCAACUGAAAGAGUUGCGAUUUGGAGACCAAAGACCGGUUUGGUUGUGUAUGUGAAAGAUGUUUCCUGUGCUGUGGUCCACUGACUGCUGUUUGUCUCCUUCACGUUGUAAGCCCUAGCUUCCGCCCGUCUGUCCGUCUCACGUUUUAACACGGUGCUAGGCUGAAGAGAUUUCUUUGCAAUAAGAAUGUUUACCUUCUCGAUGAACCCUACACCAAAGUGCUGAUAUUUGUUUUUGCUUGUAAAUAAUGCAUAUUUCUAUUAUAAAUGAAACAAUAUUGUAUCAUUUUUACUCUUCAAAUCUAGCAUUUUUAUACAUAUUGUAAUUAAAAAAAGCAUCCGUCUCUUGUGCUGUUGACUGGGAAAGUCAGAUUGGUAAAGCCUGAGCCAGGUGUGUGGUUCAGAGCAGAGGCCUUGAUGAAGCCCUUUUCCUAGCCUAACCUAACCUAGCCUAACCGUGUGGUCUCCCUUGCAUAGCCAGGGCGGGACUCCACUGUCGUACCUUGAGUAAGGUGCCUCUUGUGAACUGCUUCAGUCAAUAUCCGGCUCAAUAAACGGAUAGCGUGUAAAAUAGUGUAUAAAAUGUAAAUGGAACUUAAGGGCCUUUGUCAAGUAGCGAUCUCAUUGUUGCAGCAAUGUAGCCUCUACACAGUCCAGCAAUAAGAUCGGGUUUACUGUAAAUAGUGAAAAGCUUAGGGCUUACUUACUGGUUAGUUGUACAUUUAUAGUUUUGCUGAGGGUACAGGGGAUCAGUGUGGUCUUGCCACACACAACUGGUGAAAUGUUAAGUCCUUAAAUGGCCUCUUUAAAAAUGACACUGAAUGGCGGCAAUUGCACGCUGACACUCCUGUUACAGCGUCAGUGCAUCGGAUCCUCUCCUAACGUCUGACAAAUACCUGUGUAUGCAUUAUGUGCUCAUUAGUACAUUUUAAACCUCAUCAAGAAGCAAAUAAGGUGGCUAAUGCGCAGUCACGUUUGGACUCCAUUCACAAACUUCCAAACAAGCAGAUGCAGUUUUGGACCUGUAACUUCAUAGAAAAUGCACCCGUUGUGAAUUUCGUCUUUGCCCAUUUGUAGCAUGUGUGUAUAAGUACAUUUGAGUAUGUGCAAUAUAAACUCUCUAAUGGUGUAAUGUGAGUUACUGUAAAUAGUCUCUGGCCCUCUUUAAGAAACUAAUAUAAGAACCUGGAUCAAACUGUGAAAUACUGUAAUGCUUAAAAAUCCAAUUGAUGUAUAUGGUAAUAAAAUCUAAACCAUAGAUGUCUGUCCACUUGAAAAUGCUUCCUUAUGUGUUGGUCUGUUGGGUCUUUAGUGUGCAUGUAUGUUAGGGAGGGGGUGUUUGGUCUCUUAUUCUGUGUCUCUCAAACUUCCCAAAACAAAAUUUGAUCAUGAAAAUUAGUGAUGUGCAUGGUUUGUCUACAUUGGAAUCGUGCAACUAUCUAAUUUCUAUUCUAGGCGCAUAGGAAUUGAAAUCAAAUCGAUGCUUGUUAAAUUUAAAGGGGUAAUAAACACGAAAUCACUUUUUUUGGGUUCAAAAGCCAAGUGUUUUGACUCCAUUUUGUAGACCACUAUAGAUUAGUCCUAUUGUCAAAUCUCAUUAAGUCAUGCCACCACAUUUUGUGUGGAGCCAUGUACUGCCACAAAAGGUGAACAGUUUUGUUUUGUCUGGAUCCCUGCCCCUAUUCGUGACAUGGAAGUGAGUAAAGGCCUGCUUCUACUUAAGCAAGUCAGCACCCCAACUUCACCCUUCCUGUUCAUUGAUGGGCGGACCUAUUCAAAAUGGCGCAUUUUCCAACCUUUGGUCAAGCUGACGUCUAGGAUAGGGAUUUGUUUUUCCUUUAGAUUUUUUAAUCGUUCCUUGUUCCAUUCCAGUUCCAUUUUUUAUAUUGUUCUUGAGCUGUAUAUUUCAUAUUUUAGUAAUUUUAGUAAUGUCUGCAGUACAGUGUAAAAGUCUUAGGUACAUUUACAGAAAAAUAAAGUCCAUAAUGCAAAGAGAGCAGAAAAAGUUUCAAAAUGAAAUCAGAUUAAUAUUGGUUGUGAUCACCCUUCGCCUUUAUAACAGCAUCAAUUCACUUGGGUACACCAUCUUGCUGUUUUAUAAGAAAGUCUGGUAGGUUGUUCCAAACAUUAAACAACUUGCCACAGUUCUUCUGCAGACUUUGAUCAUCUCACUUGCUUCUGGUUCUCCAGGUAAUCCCAGACAGCCAGUUUUUAUUUUUUCUCGAAAGUAGUCUAUUAAUGUUAUUUUAAUAAUAAUAAUAAUAAUAUUUAAUAAUAAUUCUGAAAUAUAAAAAUGUCUAAUUCUUUGGAAAAAAUAAAAAAUAAAUGCUUGGAAAUUCCAAAUGUGCUCUUUCUGCUGACAGACUAAUUCAGAAAGCAAAGAAAAGACCGAACCGACCCUGGGCCUCUCUUUUACUGGAAAGUUGUGAAGUCAGACAGGCCAAACGCUGGUGUCCUUCUUAACAUGAAGUAGGCUGUCGUGACAAGUUCAGGGCCAUAGUGAAACACCACUGACUAUAGUGGGAUGUGACUUUGAUAUCCGGAGGAAAUUGGCCAUUGAUUCAGAAUUUUAUUUUUGUUCUGCUUCCCUCUUUGUGGCAGUCAGUACUUGCUCUCUCUGUGUGAAUGUGUCUAGUAUUUUCUGCCUGCAAGAAUAUGUCUGGUACUAUGUUGCCCUAAAUGGCUCUCAUCUGCCUGCCUGCAUUGAUUCCACCCAGUUCAUGGGCUCUGAGUAUUGUGCCAAAUCAUUAACACUAACCAUGACCAGAGAUUUCAGAUUCUUUUUCUCCAUGGUGGGUUUUUUUUUCUUUUUUCUUAGCCAUAAAGAAAUCUUACCUAAAAGCUGCUCUUCAAAAUGGAGUUCAAACUGUAUUUUUGGCAAUGAUAAUUUAAGUGUGUCGUUUCCGUUCUGAGAAUUGUCAAGAUAAUCGCAUUUUCAAAUGGUUUAAAAUAUUUUACCAAAUUGCAUCUAUUUGUGUUAACUGGUUAAAGGUUUAAAUCUCAAAUAUUUGCUUUGCCAUUACUGUUUAUUAAACAUUUUGAAAAUGCAUCAAGAUUAAUGAUGCUUGAGUGGCGUUCCAUUUUCAACCAGUGGAUGUCAUUGUUUUCUGCAAUUAAAGAGCAUUUUGUUGUGUA